AAGGUCCAGUCCUGGUGUACUGUUUCGAGUCAACUUGGUCUGCUAUAUUCAGGAUGGCUCUGUCUUUUCUUGUGCUCUUGUGUGUGCUGUUGUCUACCACCUGCUGCUCAGCUAACAAAGGUGUGCAGACUGGCAUGCAAGUAGCAGCAGGAUCUAAGUCAGUGACUCUUCAGCCCUGGCUGGUGGGUCUAACAGCUGUAGUUGGCUUCCUCUUCAUUGUUUUCACCAUUCUGAUUGUUCGCAGACUACUCAGGAAGAACAGGGAGGAUGAAGAAGGAUGGGAUUACGCCAAGGCUGUAGAGAUGGAUGGAGAUGUGAAUCCUGUGCUUUGGAUCUCAACCCGGUUGAAGACCAAUGGGAGAUUUUGGACCGACGUGUUAGACAGCACUCUCCACCACCAUCAUCAAAACACCAAGUGAGGGAACAGCUGUUGGAAUAAUGGUGUUCCUCCCUCCAGUGGAGUCCAGAGACUUGGAGAAUCAAUGAUGAGGAGCACUGAAACCUCUGGAGGCUGCUGGUGGCCCAACACCUUGUCUUUAUGUUGUCCUUGCAUUUGUCACAUCUUUUGCUCCAGCAAAAGACCUGUAAUACUUUAAGGACUACUGUGACAAAUGACACAUAA